ACCAUCCCAGUGCAGCAUGUUCGGUUGUGAAGACCCAGGUUUUCCACGUCAGUGUGUUUACCAAGAACAGAUUGACAGCCGGUUUAGGUGUUACAUUUGUCCAUAUUAGGAACAAAUUACCGAAUGAAUCAAUAGUUGUGGGUUUUAAUAUGACUCACGUACUGGUAUGUCAAAAUAUUUGAAUUGUCCUAUAUGUUGUAAUUGAUUUUUGGUCAUCACUGUUGGCCAGUUAGCUUGCUAGCUAACUAAGUUAGCUAUCAUCAAUUGAAAUUGUACAAGACUCCAUCUUGGAACUGCAACCAUACAGUUUGUCUUCUCAGAUAUCAGGAUGGUCGACAAGAAUAUAUACAUUGUCCAAGGGGAGAUUAUUACUGUUGUAAGUGCCAUCAAGAGGAAUUCAAGGUGGAAUACCCACACUCCUUUGGAUGAAGAACAAGAUCCAUUGCUUAACAGCUUCAGCCACCUGAAGGAGACUCUCAACAAUAUAAAAGAGCUGUCAGAUGUGGAGCCUAACGUAUUCCUGCGACCCUUCCUGGAGGUGGUACGAUCUGAAGACACCACCGGACCAAUCACAGGCCUGGCCCUCACCUCUGUCAACAAGUUCCUGUCCUACGGCCUCAUAGAUGCUAACCAUGAGGCGGCAGCGGAGGCCAUUGAGAACAUGGCAGACGCCGUCACUCACGCCAGAUUCGUAGGGACGGACCCCGCCAGCGAUGAAGUGGUGCUCAUGAAAAUCCUACAGGUCCUGAGGACCUUGCUGCUCACGCCCGUCGGAGCCCACCUGACCAACGAGUCUGUGUGCGAGAUCAUGCAGUCGUGUUUCCGCAUCUGCUUCGAGGUGCGCCUUAGCGAGCUCCUGAGGAAAUCAGCCGAACACACACUGGUAGACAUGGUGCAGCUGCUGUUCUCCAGACUACCCCAAUUUAAAGAAGAGGCCAAAAGUUUUGUGGGUGCUAACAUGAAGAAGAUCCCAUCCUGUAUCCUGGACACACAGGAUCUUAUUUGUGCAGAACAGCCUAUAAACACCAAUCAGAGGGGCUUAGAGAGGCUGAAGAUGCGCGCUGGUGGGAUGAGCGAGUCAUCAAAGUGGAAGAAGCAGAAACGCUCGCCCCGGCCCCCCCAUCACAUGGUACGAAGCGCCUCGGGCGGAUUGGAGCAGGCCCCUCCCGCCACCCUUAGCAACAACAACCUCACUGGUGGUGACCUUUUCAUCGAGCAGGUUAGUUUGUCUGUCCCAGACAGCAUGGCCUCUUCCAUGUCUAGCCCCACAGACAGCGGCCUGGACACCUGCUCCAAGGCCACCUCCAGAGAGGACCUGACAGACCUGGACCAGAGCAGCUCUGUCGCCACCACCCCAGGCACAGCAACUAGCCCUUCCACAGAGCCUGGACGCCUGGAUGCUCAGUCUGAGGGGAGGCAGGUGGAUCGUGCCCAGUCAGCUUCGGUGGAGUCCAUCCCUGAGGUCUUGGAGGACAGAGAGUCUGUGACGGAGCAGUCAGACUCGGCCUCAAUACACGACAUGGAUUACGUCAACCCCCGAGGAGUCCGCUUCACACCACAGCAAACUCAGAGAGAUGGUGAGGAUGGUGCGGCUCUCAUCCCCUACAGUCUGCCCUGUCUGCGGGAGCUCUUCCGCUUCCUCAUCUCGCUGACCAACCCCCAUGACCGCCACAACACAGAUGCCAUGAUGCACAUGGGCCUGCAGCUGCUGACCGUGGCUCUGGAAGCAGCCCACAUUGCCCCCUACCAGUCACUGCUGGGUCUGGUCAAAGACGAGCUCUGCAGACACCUCUUCCAGUUGCUAAAUGUGGACCGUAUGAACCUGUGUACCGCCUCCAUACGAGCCUGCUUCUUGCUCUUUGAGAGCAUGCGAGGACAUUUGAAGUUUCAGCUUGAGAUGUAUCUGAAGAAGCUGAUGGACAUCAUCACGUCAGAGAACAUGAAGAUGCCUUAUGAGAUGAAGGAGAUGGCCCUGGAGGCCCUGGUGCAGCUCUGGAGGAUCCCCAGCUUCGUCACCGAGCUCUACAUCAACCACGACUGUGACUUCUACUGCUCAAACCUGUUUGAAGACCUCACCAAGCUGCUCUCCAAGAAUGCCUUUCCUGUGUCCGGACAGCUCUACACAACUCACCUCCUCUCACUAGAGGCCCUACUGACUGUAAUUGACAGCACUGAGGCCCACUGCCAGGCUAAGGUGCUCAACAACACAGCUCAGCAGGACCAAUCAGCAGAAACUGUGUUGGUGGAAGGGGAGGGCUCAACCAAUGACCAUGUAGACACAACCACAGAAGCAGGCAGGCAGGUGAACCGUGCCAACGGUCAGAAUGUUCCAGAGGCUGACAGCGUGCCCCUUCCACCUACCAGCGGGCACCUAAUGGCAGAGAAGAUGAGACUGGGCAGACAAGACCAGGAGGAGACAGAACCACCUGCUGAGAAGAAAGAACCGACAAAGCCUCAACGCUUCUCGUCUUGUUUACCUGAUUCUCAAGAGCUGUUGGACAUCAGAAAUAAAAAGAAGCUGCUGAACAGCGGCACAGAGCAGUUCAACCAGAAGCCUAAGAAAGGCAUCCAGUUCCUGCAGGAGAAGGGUCUCCUCAGCAGCCCCAUGGACAACAACGAGGUGGCCCAGUGGCUCCGGGAGAACCCCCGCCUCGACAAGAAGCAGAUCGGAGAGUUCAUCAGUGACCGCAAGCACAUGGAGCUACUGGACAGCUUCGUCAACACGUUCACUUUCCAAGGACUGCGUAUUGACGAGGCGCUGCGUCUGUAUCUGGAGGCCUUCAGACUGCCAGGAGAGGCUCCGGUCAUCCAUCGACUUUUGGAAACCUUCACAGACACCUGGCAUAAAGUGAACGGUUCUCCCUUCAUGACCAACGACGCGGGCUUCGCCCUGGCCUACGCUGUCAUCAUGCUCAACACGGACCAGCACAACAACAACGUGCGCAAGCAGAACAUCCCCAUGACUGUUGAGCAAUUCAAGAAGAAUCUGAAGGGUGUGAAUGGAAAUACAGACUUCGAUCAGGAUAUGCUGGAGGACAUCUACAAUGCAAUCAAGAAUGACGAGAUAGUGAUGCCAGACGAGCAGUCAGGCCUGGUGAAAGAGAAUUACGUGUGGAGCGUGCUGCUCCACCGGGGGGCCACCUCCGAGGGGGUCUUCCUCCACGUGCCUGCCGGCAGCUACGACCAUGACCUGUUCACCAUGACCUGGGGGCCCACCAUCGCCGCCCUCUCCUACGUCUUCGACAAGAGCCUGGAUGACGCCAUCAUCCAGAAGGCCAUCGCUGGCUUCCGGAAAUGUGCCAUGAUAUCAGCUCAUUGUGGAUUCAGUGACGUGUUUGAUAAUUUGAUAAUCUCCCUCUGCAAGUUUACAACGCUCAGCAGUGAGUCGGCGGAGAACCUUCCCACGGUGUUUGGGAGUAACGGGAAGGCCCAGGUAGCUGCUAAGACCGUGUUCCACCUGGCCCACCGGCACGGUGACAUCCUGAGGGAGGGCUGGAAGAACAUCAUGGACUCCAUGCUGCAGCUGUUCAGAGCCGAGCUGCUGCCUAAGGCCAUGGUGGAGGUGGAGGAUUUUGUGGAGCCAAAUGGAAAGAUUUCGCUUCAAAGAGAAGAGACGCCUUCAAAUCGGGGCGAGUCUGCGGUGCUGAGCUUUGUGAACUGGCUGACUCUGAGUGGAGCGGAGCAGUCUGGUCUACGUGGGCCCUCUACUGAGAACCAGGAGGCCAAGCAGGCAGCAAUGCUCUGUAUCAAGCAAUGUGACCCAGAGAAGCUGAUCACGGAGAGUAAAUUCCUGCAGCUGGAGUCUCUACAGGAGCUGAUGAAGGCUCUGAUCUCAGUCACACCUGACGAGGAGACGUAUGAUGAGGAGGACGCGGCUUUCUGCCUGGAGAUGCUGCUACGCAUCGUCAUGGAGAAUAGGGACCGCGUGUCAUGUGUAUGGCAGACGGUGCGGGACCACCUGUGCCACUUGUGUGUCCAGGCUACAGAGAGCUGUUUCCUGGUGGAGAGGGCCGUGGUGGGCCUCAUCAGACUGGCCAUCCGCCUGCUGCGCAGAGAGGACAUCAGCUCACAGGUACUGCUGUCCCUGCGUCUCCUGCUGAUGAUGAAACCACACGUCCUGGCCCGGGUUAGCCGGGAGGUGGCCUACGGCCUCCAUGAGCUGCUCAAGACCAACGCUGCCAACAUCCACUGCACAGACGACUGGUUCACCCUCUUCUCCCUAAUCGAGUGCAUCGGGGCCGGGAUCAAACCACCCGCCUCCUUCCAGGUCACCUCCACCAGUCCCGACAUCGACACAGGUGCCCAGUCGGAUAGUGAGCUGUCCCACCACCACAGCGAGGUGAGUCUGGACCGGGGCUACACCUCCGACUCUGAGGUCUACACGGAGCACGGAAAGUCCAGGAUGCCCCGCUCUGUCACUGAUGUGGACGUGGCCAGCAGCGGAUGGCUGGUGGUUGGUAAAGAUGACCUGGACAUCAACAAGGUACCGGCCUCUGGCUCCAAGCCCCUGCUCAACCCUCUAGUGAACCAGUACAGCCUGACCCUGGGCCAAGACAUGGGCUUCCACGACACCAAGUCCCUCAUCAAGUGUGUGGAGUCCCUCUCCUUCAUAGUACGCGAUGCUGCACAUGUCACCCCUGAAAACUUUGAGCUGUGUGUCAAGGCCAUCCGGGUGUUUGUGGAGGCCAGCCUUAACGGAGGCUACAGGACCCAUGAGAAGAAGAAGAACCACAAGUACGACUCCCAGAAGUCCCGUGUGAGGAGGAAGCCUCGGGAGAAAGAGGGGGCAUCCCGCCGCGCCAAGGCCUCCAGCCAGAGGCCCUCCCGUUCCCAUAGUGACGACGAGGAGGACGAGGGAGUCCCGGCCAGCUACCACACGGUGUCAUUACAGGUUAGUCAGGACCUGUUAGACCUGAUGCACACCCUGCACACGAGGGCAGCCAGCAUCUACAGCUCCUGGGCACAGGAACAGCGCCACCUGGAGGUCGCAGGGAAGAAAAUUGAGGCUGACUCCCAGACACUGUGGACCAGCUGCUGGUGCCCACUUCUCCAAGGGAUAGCCUGGCUGUGCUGUGAUGCCAGGCGGCAGGUGCGAAUGCAGGCCCUGACCUACCUCCAGAGGGCACUGUUGGUCCAUGACCUGCAGACACUAGAUGCUGUGGAGUGGGAGUCCUGCUUCAACAAGGUCCUGUUCCCCCUGCUGACCAAGCUGCUGGACAAUAUUAGCCCUGCAGAUGUGGGAGGCAUGGAGGAGACCAGGAUGAGGGCCUGCACCCUGCUGUCAAAGGUGUUCCUGCAGCACCUCUCUCCCCUGUUGUCUCUGCCCACCUUCGCUGCCCUGUGGCUCACCAUCCUGGACUUCAUGGACAAGUACAUGCACGCUGGCUCCAGUGACCUACUGCUGGAAGCCAUUCCAGAGUCUCUGAAGAACAUGCUACUGGUGAUGGACACAGCAGGAAUCUUCCACAGCGUUGACUCCCGUACGGGAUACUCUGACCUGUGGGAGAUCACCUGGGAACGCAUCAACUGCUUCCUGCCUAACCUCCGGGAAGAGCUCUUCAAACAGACAGUCAUACCCCAACCAGAUCCUGCUCCCAGUCCCCCAGUGGAACUUGCCCAGCUGGUUGCCCCCUCCCCCCCAGCCUCGCCACCCCCAGCCCAGGCCCCAUCUCCAGUGCCAGAGCCAAAAACCUUCAGCAGACCAGCGUCGCCCCAAGAUCCCCCACCACCUAGUGCCAACGGAACUGACAGAUCAUCUCCAGUGCCCCCGUCGACUCCCCCCAUGCCCACCCCAGUGAAGAUGUCCCCCCAGAUCUCUACACCCCUGAGUCAUUCCCACAUGAGUCAAUCCCCCCUCAUCCUGCAGCCCCUGGCCUCCCAUCUGCAGGUGGGGGGCGUGCCCCCCAUGUCCCUGCCCAUCAUCCUCAACCCCGCCCUCAUUGAGGCCAGCUCCCCUGUCCCCCUGCUCCCUGCCCCCAGGCCCACCGACCUUAGUGACACCCCGGAGGUAAAAUAGAGCCACCUACUCUCACAGGGGGACAUUGUCCCCCACCUGUCCCCUAAACAACAUAGCUUUCCUUAGGCUCUGCACCCCUUCACAGGAGGGGAUAGACCAACUCUGACAGAGAGACCCUGGCAUGCAUGGUCAUCUCUCAGACAACACUAAACAACCACAGACACAUCUAGCUUUGGUCUUAUCUAACAUCCUGGGGCCUGCUGUCCUUCAAUAUUCACGUAUUCAUCAGAAAAUACAUAUUUAUGAUAUAUUUAUGAUAUACAUAUACGAUGCUGCAUGGAUGUUAAGGACAGCACUUAUUUGACUCGCUUCGAUCUUUCCCACUUUUCCUACUGAGUCAGUUUCAACUUGAGACCUACAAAGUUAAGUCCGUUGUUAGUAUGCCUCUGCUUAACAGUAAUCUAGAGGUCCUGCCAGGAAUAAAUGAUAGUGAAUAACUUAAUUGGUUUUAGGUGCUGCAUGUUGUUUACUGAAUAGGAUGUACAGAGAUGAAUUUACUCCAGUCAAAGUAUCAGGGCACUGUGUCUUAAAACAAAAGAGUGAAAUACUAGCUAUAUCAUAACUCUUGUAUCUGAAGGUCGAAAUAUACGUGUACAGUAAUAUAAAGCAUACAGUUUAUAUAUUUCCAUUAUAAAAUUGUGUCUGAGGUUUUUGAAAAUAAUUAUAUUAUAUGAUAUCCUGAGAUUUCCAAAGAGGGAGAAAUUUGCCAACAUGUUGUCACAAGCUUGUUCGCAAAAAGUUGAUUACAAUGCCCAAAAUAACAAAAAUCUGUUUUAAAAGGACACUACGUAUUCUUAAGUCCUCUAAACACUGUUAUACCCAAGAGGGACAGAGGUGUGCAUGGUUUGCCUUGGAAAGAUGGAUUUGAGAUGCUGCCAUUGCUAACAAGGACAGCACCUAGAACAUUCUGAAUGUGACGACUGGUCUGGCCUGGGCGUGUCCGCUUUUAUCGGUCAGGUUAGGGGAGUUUUAUAGGAAGGUCUUAAUGAGAUUAUUUAAAUGAGUACAGUAUUGACUAGCAGAUUGAGCAUAGACAGCCAUCAGUAAAUCUGGGACAAGCUGAUUGAAAAUGCAGUUUUCAUUUUCAAGUGAUGAGAUGAAUGGUCCGGAUCAUCUUUGCAAGUUUUCAUUUGGGACUACUUUAUCCCACUUGAUACAGUGAAAGUAUUUUUGCAUGUCACUGUCCGUACAGUAAGCAGUACAGUAAUUUAUUGAUCACAGAGUUCAGUUCUUGGUAGGUUGAAGUUAGAGCCUUGAUCUUCUGUCAAAUUAUACCCAAACCAGACACCUCACUGCAUGUGAUGAUGGAAGAAGAAGAGUUUUCAAAAGCAUCAACCACUUAGAACAGGGAUGGGCAACUGACGGCGGCCCGUGGCUCCUGUUUGAAAGGCCCUCGGAUCACAGCCCCCCACCACAGUUGGGUUCUCAACUUACUGUUGUGGGUUAGAAUAGAAGAAUACUCAAGGUGCAAUUUCAGAAUUUGGUUCUGCAUCAGCUGUUUUUCUAUCUACCGAUAGUCAAUUAGCCCAUGUCAGCUAAAAUAUUUGAUUGCCAAGUUAAUUUAGCGGCCAGCUAUCCAGACUUGUUAUCACGGUCAAAUUACAGGCCAGGGGGCCCCCAUUGAUUUUGUUAGUCUCACUCGGAUAUCAUAUUAACAACUGCAAACAUUUCUCUCCACCCUAUGGCAAAAUGUGUAGAAUUGCAGGAAAUUAGCUGUAAAACUGCUAUUUUUCCUCUCUGCUUCAUGGCAAAAUGAGUAGAAUUGCAUGAAAUGAGUUAUAAAAUGCAAAAUCUGUAGAAUUACAGCAAACAUGCUUUAAAACUGCAACAUUUUCUCCACACCAUGAUAAAAUAUGUAGAAUUGCACUAAAUUAACUCAAAUGAUCACCACUGUCAAGACGUGGGCCACUAAAAUGUUUUGCUCGCAAUGGGGGAUGUUAUGUGGGUAUGCAGACCUACGAGCAACUGCAUCGCCUCAUGAUGAGUUAAGAUUUUUUGUGGCCCCCAUCAUUUCAGAGCGGUAUACUACAAAGCAAGAUCAAUGACUUGGACAGCUAACUUACCAAAAUAACUUUAUGCUAAAGAUUAGCAUGAAAAGGGCAUUGUCUAAUUGACUCAACAACCAGAAAAUGCAUAUGUUAGUAUAGGUUUAUUCAAUUAAUAAAACAGAAAAUGAAGUUAUAUCUGGUUGUUUAUUAAAGUUAGCUGGCUAACUCGUUGAUGCUGCUUUGUAGUAUUAUCCCUGCGGUGACUAUUUUGAAUGCCCAACCUUGUGAUUUGCGUAACCUUCAGUGCAGUUUAUUUCUCGGCCGUUGCCCUUAUCAGUCUAAAAUUGUAAUCUUAUUUAUUCCGCUAGGAAUGGGCUGUUGGGGAAUGAAUACUCUUGUUGAAGCACAGUUGGGAGCAACUGCUUUCAGGUCAGGUUAUAUUACUCUCCUAAUCCACCGCCUUAUGUCAGAGAAAUUAGAAACGCAUUGGUCUGUCUGUGCACCAACACUAUACAAUACAAUGAAGUGGAGCCCCUCUUUCACAGGGUUGUUAAGUCGUUUUGGAAGCUGUUCAUUUGUUGUACUGCAUUGUUAGGUAUACCAGGCGCUAAUUCUUGAGUGAACAGGAAAUUACAUGUGUAUAUAUAAAUAAAAGGUCAUGUACUUUUUACAAUGUAAUAAAUAUAAUGUAAUGAAACUGG